AAUGCGAGCAGAGCUUGGCGCGACAGGUUCAGUGCUCGGGCAACUUCCUAGCGCGUCGGUUUGGUUCAGUCCUCAGAACUCAGAACUCAGCUCCCAAUCCCAACUCUGAAUCGGGUUCCCCGCUUACCGUUACAAAAUCAUUUUGAAAACAGUUUUCCAACGGCCGCAGAAAAACGCAAGUCGCACAAAGCGAAUCGAAUCAAGUCCAAUCAAAUCAAAUCAAAACAAAACAACCAAAUCAAGAAAAGAUUAAUUUAAAAAAGUGCAAACCACUUCAAGUAAAACUAAAUAAAGAGAAUUCCAUAUCUCAAAGUUGCGAGUAUUUUAUGUAUAUAUUGCCGAUUUGGUUUGAAAAGUGUUUUUGAAAAACCUUGUUUGUUUUUGCAUAUUUUUUUCGAGUGCUGGCAGGUGUUUGGAAUCGGCUUGUGAACCGGCACAGAAUAUUCAACCAGAUAAGUCUGCACAUAAAGUCAUGCCAGUAGGAACUACGUCAGUCUUAUGAUGGCGAUUCUGGUAGACAAGAAAAUCAGCGAGCCUAUCGAUUCCGUCGAUUCCGGAAACUGCAAGCUGAACGUUAAACCCGCUCAGACAUUUACAUUUGCUUUCACAUCCAGCAAGCCCUCGCAACGGAAUCAAACCAAGCUGGCGCAACUCCGGAUAGGAAAAGCAGGAGGAUUCGGAGGAUUCGGAGGAGGAGGAGGAGGAGGAAUCGGAGCUCGAGGAGGCCUAAGAGGCCAUUGGCUAUCGCUUCUGGUACUGAUGCUGUGCAAUUGCGUUGAUUUUACCGUUUCAAACCAAAUCUCCUCAGUGGGCGCCUUCGAGCCGGACUUUGUCAUCCCGCUGGAGAACGUGACCAUCGCCCAGGGCCGGGACGCGACAUUCACGUGCGUGGUGAACAAUCUGGGUGGUCAUCGGGUGAGUGGCGACGGUGCAACGGUCCCCGCCAAGGUUGCCUGGAUUAAGGCCGAUGCCAAGGCAAUUCUGGCCAUACACGAGCACGUGAUAACCAACAAUGAUCGAUUAACGGUGCAACACAACGACUAUAACACAUGGACUCUCAACAUACGCAGCGUCAAAAUGGAAGAUUCCGGCAAAUACAUGUGCCAGGUCAACACAGAUCCCAUGAAGAUGCAGACAGCCACCCUCGAGGUGGUCAUCCCGCCCGACAUUAUCAACGAGGAAACCUCUGGCGACCUGAUGGUACCCGAGGGCGGUGCGGCCAAGCUCGUGUGCCGGGCCCGCGGGCAUCCCAAGCCGCGGAUCACCUGGCGUCGCGAGGACGGACGCGAGAUUAUUGCACGGCAUGCCGGGCACCAGAAGACCAAAGCCCCGUCCGUCGAAGGCGAAAUGCUGACGCUCUCCAAAGUCACGCGAUCGGAAAUGGGCGCCUACAUGUGCAUCGCCUCGAACGGAGUGCCGCCAUCGGUGAGCAAGCGGAUGAAGCUACAGGUGCACUUUCAUCCGCUGGUUCAAGUGCCAAAUCAAUUGGUCGGCGCCCCGGUCCUAACGGAUGUCACAUUAAUUUGCAAUGUCGAGGCAUCGCCAAAGGCCAUCAAUUACUGGCAGCGCGAGAAUGGUGAAAUGAUUAUUGCCGGCGAUCGUUAUGCCCUCACCGAGAAGGAGCACAACAUGUACUCCAUGGAGAUGGUGCUGCACAUCAAGCGGCUGCAGUCGAGCGAUUUCGGAGGCUACAAGUGCAUCUCCAAGAACAGCAUCGGGGACACGGAAGGCACCAUUCGACUGUAUGAAAUGGAACGUCCCGGCAGGAAGCAAAUGCGCGAUGACGAUAUCAACGAAGUAACAAGACACGAGGUGGAGAACCGGCACAAGGAGAACCGGCACGAAGAGGGCGCACGCAACCAGAACGGUCGUCUCUACAAGGACCGCACGCAGGAGCCUGAGCUGGGCAGCUCCGCAGACUCGACCCGUGCCCCAGCCCCAGCUCAGGGUACAAUGCAGCUAAUCAAGACAUUUAUAUUAGCCCUAUUGGUAAUAUUAGCCACGACAGCGACAGCGGAGGCGGUGGCACCAACAACCACAACGGCGGCGGCCACAAUGUUCUUUUACACAAAGGGCGCCAGACAAAAGGACACAAAGGAAACGAAUCUGAGACUUGAGCUGAAUGGGGCUGGGGAUGCGGAGCACGAGUACUGCGAAAGAUCAGCGACGACGGCCAGGGCCGGGGCAAAUGGCAUUGGCUGGAGCGUGGAAGGAUUAGCCCGAACACCAUCAACAAAGUAAGAUUAUUAUAGCUUAAUUCAAUUGUAAUUAUACAAACGCGAUUAUGGGGGCCCAGGGAACGAGCUCCAUCUCUCUCUCUCUCUCUCUCUCUCUCGUUACCUCCCUGUGUCUAUGACCCUCGGUUCUUGUCUCUCCUGGCCCCACACGAGACUGGAAAGUCCGAGCAUAAAUCAUCGACCUAAUCAUCUUGCUAAUUACAAAGGGUGAGAGAGAGAGAAAAGGAGGAAAGAAAAGGAGCAGGCCAAAUUGAAUGAAUAUUAAAUCAAAAGCAAGUGGAAAAACUAAAGUUUCGUAGUUAAGUGGAAAAUAAAAUGCGUUUAAAUGUUA